AUGCAUGUUGCCACUGCGCAGUCAUCUGCUGCUCAUCUCCCAGUCACUCCUGCACCCGCAGUGAAGACUACCAUUCAACCCACUAAAAGAAUAUAUCCACGCAGUUUCUUCUAUCAAAGAGGGAAGUACUGGACGAAUGAGCAAGUGCACGCUCUCAACUGUGUCUCCGAAAAGAAUGUCACCCCCAUCGACCUACUUGGGAAAUCUUAUCCUACCGACGAAAAGAUUCUCAAAUCUUUCGCAAAGCUGAACGAAGAUUUCAUCACCCCCAGCAAGCAAGAAAUCCUGGACUACCACUAUAAACCGCACGAGUCCCCAAUAAGGAAGAAUGAUAUCCUUACCAUCUUUCUCACCUUAUCCUGGAUCCACGACUUGGACAAGAACUGUGACUAUGUCCCACCCACCAUCGACUCCAUCUUGAGCAUCCUCGGUCUCCGUAUGGACAUCUUCAGGGCAAACUUCAUCAUCGACAAAUAUUCUAUCCCAUACAAUCUCGCCAAGUUAAACAUGAAGGGUGUUCUCCUCUGCGAUGGCGGAAUAUUUUGCCCUGACGACAAAUGGAGACAAUGUCCCUUAGUCGUGCUUUUGGACACAUACGCCCUAUCCAAGAGACAAGCCCGUAACAACUUAUUUUCAUGCCUUCUCCUACCCAUGGCUGUGAAAUAUGAACAGGGCCAGAAGCGCGAUCCAUACGUGUCUUUCUGCAUUACGGCUAAUCUCUCCAAGUACCGGGUUACUCGGGCCGAGGCGCCACAUACCUACUUUGAAGAUCUACGGCAAGGCAGACGCAUGGAGGACAAGCUGGUCAUGAAGGGAACUAGAGAGUAUGAUUUGCUGAAGGAGGAAGAUCGGGAUGAGUUCUUGAAGGUUUAUUGGGGUAUUUGUUCGUUUUUGGUGAAGAGCCGCGAGGAGGGUCUGUGA